AUGAUGCUGUUCAAGUCCUUGGCGAUUGCCUCGCUGGCCCUUUUUGCUAAACGGGCAUCCGCAGCGUUUGGAAUAACUACCAGCACGGCUUCCUAUGUGAUCGAUGCGGGGUCAGCAAAUCCGCUGAAGUUCACUGUCAGCAGGACCAACUGUGACAUCACGUCGAUCAACUACUAUGGAUCUGAGCUUCAAUACCAAUCGACUGCGUCUCACAUCGGAUCAGGUCUCGGUAGCGCAACUGUGACUGCAACCCAGAGUGGCGACUAUAUCAAGGUGACUUGUGCCACGUCCACCUUGACACAUUAUUACGUUGUCCACAAUGGAGAUCCGAUCAUCCACAUGGCAACUUACACCACUGCCGAACCGUCUGUUGGAGAACUCCGAUACAUCACCCGCCUGAAUUCAGACCUGCUCCCGAAUGAAGAGCCAUUCGGCGUGGUUUCCAAUAUUGGAGGUGGCAGUGUUGUUGAGGGAGAGGAUGUGUUCUUGGUGAAUGGGCAAACCCGAAGCAAGUUCUACUCCAGUCAACGGUUCAUUGACGACAACAUCCAUUGUGUGUCUGGAAGCGCACACCGGGUUUGCAUGAUCUUGAAUCAAUACGAGACAUCCGCUGGCGGGCCUUUCAUGCGUGAUAUCAACACUAACAACGUUGGCUCUUACACUGGCCUAUACUGGUACAUGAAUUCCGGACAUGUUCAGACCGAGACCUAUCGCCAGGGCCUGCACGGCCCGUACUCUAUGUACUUCAGCCGUAGCGGUACCCCCAGCUCCAACAUUGACACAUCUUUCUUCGCCGACCUUGAUAUUCAGGGAUACGUCGCCAAAUCUGCAAGAGGCUAUGUUUCGGGUACUGCAUCUGGGGCCGACUCGGCAUUCAAAUGGGUGAUUCACUGGUAUAACUCCGCUGCCCAGUACUGGACCUAUGCUUCAUCCUCCGGGGCCUUUACCUCCCCUGCAAUGAAGCCAGGCACCUACACAAUGGUCUACUACCAAGGCGAAUACGUCGUCGCCACAUCUUCGGUGACUGUCACUGCUGGGUCAACCACCUCAAAAAGCAUCUCCGGGUCAGUGAAGACUGGAACCACAAUCUUUAAGAUUGGAGACUGGGAUGGAACACCGACCGGUUUCCUCAACGCUGCCAACCAGCUCCGCAUGCAUCCCUCCGACACCCGCAUGUCUUCUUGGUCCCCGGGCACCUACACAGUCGGCAGCUCCUCGGUCUCUUCUUUCCCGAUGGCUCUUUUCAAGUCCGUAAAUUCGCCUUUGACAAUCAAGUUCACGGCAACUUCCUCGCAGACUGGGGCUGCGACACUGAGAAUCGGCACGACCCUUUCCUUCGCCGGGGGUCGACCUCAGGCUGUCAUCAAUAGCUAUACAGGUUCCAUCCCGGCUGCCCCGACUAAUCUGAACUCUCGAGGCAUGACUCGUGGCGCGUAUAGAGGAUUCGGUGAAGUCUACGACGUCUCGAUUCCGGCUGGAACUAUCGUUGCUGGCACCAAUACUAUCACUAUCAGUGUCGUGUCUGGUAGCUCUGGGGAUACUUAUCUCAGUCCUAACUUUAUCUUCGACUGUGUGGAGCUCUUCCAGUAG